AUGGAGUCCAUCCCACCACCACGAGGACUCAACCUCAACGCAACCAUCUCCUUACCCCCCGAUCCAUACCAAAUCCACCCCCAACCAGCCCUCCUCCUCCACAACCACCUCGAGAAGCGCUACUCCACCAUCUCCAUCCCCGCCACCUACGGCCAUCUCAACUCAGGCCCACCCCCAGGUACCGUCGCCGGCAUCGUCCUCGGCACCGUCGCCGGCGUCAUCCUCAUCCUCUACCUGACCUUCCUCGCCCUCAACCCAGGCGGACUCGCUCGCGGACCCACCGAGGGUGAAACCGUCGUCGAUGAAGAAGUCAUCGUGCGCAGUCGUCGAUCCCCCUCCCGACGGGGCGAUCACAUCGAAGUGGUCGAGCAGCGCGAGCGGGAUCGGGAUCGGGAUCCCCGUCGUGAUUCGUAUCGGAGACCACCUUCGGCACGACCGAGUCAUAUCGCGGUGGGGGAGUCGGUCACGGGGACCUCGGUCACGAAUGACUCGGACUUGGUCGAGGUGAUCGAGGAGGAGUCGUCGAUGAUGUCGUCGAUCCCGCCGCGGAGAGGGGUGGAAGUCGGCAGUCGGGUCGGGGAUAUCGGACGGUGGAUCCGUUGGAGUAUGGGGUGGGAGCUCGUAUGA